UUACGUCACGUUGCUCUGCUCGUUUUCUCCCCUCCCCCUCCUCCGUUCGUCUGGUAGAUAGAAGCAGGUUCCUCCGUUUUUUACGCGCUGCUGUGCGGUACCGAGUCGGUGAAGUAGUGUCUGUAGACGGAGAGGAGCUGCUGGGCAACCGAGAAGAACCAUGUCAGGCUUUGUGGAAAGUGAAGCCGAGGAGUCUGAGGAAGAAUACAACGAUGAUGGGGAGGUGGUACAGAGAUCCAACAAAAAGUUUGUCCAAGAAGAUGAUGAUGAAGAGGAGGAGGAUGAAAAUCCAGAUGAACAGGAUGAACAAGGAAACUUAAAAGAUUUUAUCAAUGACGAUGAUGAGGAAGAAGAGGAGGAGGAGGAGGAAGCAGGGAGUGAGUCUGGAGGCUCAGACGAUGAAAUUGGCCACAAGCCCAGAAAGCGCACAUUUGAUGACAGACUAGAAGACGAUGAUUUUGAUCUCAUUGAAGAAAACUUGGGUGUUAAAGUAAAACGUCAAAAGUUCAGGCGAGUGAAAAAAAUGUCAGACGAUGAAGACGACGAGGAAGAUGCUGGAAAAGAGGAGCAUGAAAAAGAAGCCAUUGCGGAGGAAAUCUUCCAGGAUGGUGAGGACGAGGAUAGACAUGACUUAGGUGAACAGCCAGUUAUGGCUGCUGAAGAAGAUGAAGAGGAGGAGGAAGAGGAAUCUGACAUUGAUGAUUUCAUUGUUGACGAUGAUGGACAGCCAUUGAAAAAACCCAAAUGGAGGAAAAAGCUCCCAGGAUAUGCUGAUGCUGCAUUGCAGGAAGCUCAGGAGAUCUUCGGUGUAGAUUUUGAUUAUGAAGAGUUUGAAAAAUACAAUGAAGAUGAUGAGGAAAUGGAAGAGUAUGAAUAUGAGGAUGAAGAUGCAGAUGGAGAAACUCGUGUCAGACCCAAGAAAACCGCUAAGAAGCGUGUAAGCAGACGCAGCAUCUUUGAAAUCUAUGAGCCAAGUGAACUAGAGAGCAGUCACUUAACUGACCAAGAUAACGAGAUCCGGACCACAGAUCUGCCGGAGAGAUUCCAGUUGAGGACAAUACCAGUUAAAUCUGCUGAAGAUGAUGAACUGGAGGAAGAGGCUGACUGGAUCUACAGGAAUGCAUUUUCAACGCUAACUAUUUCUCAACAGGAAAGCUGUGAUUACUUGGAACGUGGUCAAGUUGGCAGCAACUUCGGUCGCAAAGGACCAAGCACUAUACAGAAAAUCCGAGAGGCUUUGAAUUUCAUGAGAAAUCAGCACUUUGAGGUGCCCUUUAUUGCAUUUUAUAGAAAAGAGUAUGUGGAACCGGAGCUAAACAUCAAUGACUUAUGGCGCGUCUGGCAGUGGGAUGAAAAGUGGACCCAACUCAGGAUGAGGAAGCAAAAUCUGAUGCGCCUGUUUCAGAAGAUGCAGGCCUAUCAGUAUGAGCAGAUCUCAGCUGAUCCUGACAAGCCACUUGCAGAUGAAGUAAGACCUUUGGAUACCACGGACAUGGAGAGACUGAAAGACGUCCGGUCAAUGGAUGAACUGAGGGAUGUUUAUAAUCACUUUUUGCUGUACUAUGGAAGGGAUAUUCCGAAAAUGCAGAAUGCAGCCAAGUCCAGCCAGAAGAAACUGAAGCGCAUCCCUGAGGAGGGUGAAGAGGAAGGAGCAGAGGCUGCUGAACAAGAUGAGGAGCAUAAAGGUCCAGAGUUAAAGCAGGCUUCACGUAGGGAUAUGUAUUCUAUCUGUCAAUGUGCUGGUUUGGAUGGUUUGGCAAAGAAGUUUGGAUUGACACCAGAGCAGUUUGGUGAGAACUUGAGAGACAGUUAUCAGCGUCAUGAGACAGAACAAUUUCCAGCCGAACCUUUAGAACUUGCUAAAGAUUAUGUGUGCAGUCAAUUCACCACUCCAGAGGCCGUGCUUGAAGGUGCUCGGUAUAUGGUUGCUCUGCAGAUUGCGAGGGAACCAUUGGUCAGGCAGGUUCUUAGGCAAACCUUCCAGGAAAGAGGGAAGAUAAACCUUGUUCCAACCAAGAAGGGCAGGAAGGAAAUUGAUGAAGCCCAUUUUGCAUAUCCAUUCAAAUACCUGAAGAACAAACUUGUUAAAGAGCUUAGAGAUGACCAGUUUCUUAAGAUGUGCAUUGCGGAAGAAGAAGGACUGAUUACGAUUGAGAUGUCUAUUGAUAUGAAGGAUGUUGAAGGUUUCGGCAAUGAGCAGACCUACUUUGAAGAGAUUAAGCAGUUCUAUUACAGAGAUGAGUUCAGUCACCAAGUACAAGAAUGGAACAGGCAGAGAACUCUGGCAAUCGAACGUUCCCUAAAACAAUUUCUUUACCCCCAAAUGGGCAAAGAGUUAAAGAGCAAACUGAUACUGGAGGCUAAAGAGUUUGUAGUAAAGUCUUGUAGCCGUAAGCUGUACAACUGGCUGAAGGUGGCGCCAUACCGUCCCGACCAACAAGUUGAAGAAGAUGAUGACUUCAUGGAGGAGAACCAAGGCAAAGGAAUUCGUGUAUUAGGCAUGGCCUUCUCUUCUGCUAGAGAUCACCCUGUGUUUUGCUCCCUGAUUAAUGGAGAGGGUGAAGUGACAGACUUCUUGCGCCUGCCGUACUUUACCAAAAGAAAGAACGCAUGGAGGGAAGAAGAAAGAGAGAGGAAGACUCAAGACAUGGAGACGCUUAAAAAGUUUUUGCUAAGCAAGAAACCUCAUGUGGUUGCCAUAGCUGGUGAAAAUAGAGAUGCGCAAAUGAUGGUUGAUGAUGUUAAACGCAUUGUUCAUGAGCUUGAGCAAGCCCAGCAGAUGUCCUCUAUUGGAGUGGAAAUGGUGGACAAUGAGUUGGCAGUGCUGUAUAUGAACAGCAAAAAAUCUGAAUGUGACUUCCGUGAUUAUCCUCCAAUUUUACGCCAGGCAGUUUCCAUAGCUCGACGCAUUCAAGACGCGUUGAUUGAGUUUUCUCAAGUCUGCAGCACUGAUGAAGAUAUUUUGUGCCUGAAAUUGCAUCCAUUACAAGAUCAUGUAGUGAAAGAAGAACUGCUUAAUGCCCUGUAUUGCGAAUUUAUCAACCGAGUAAAUGAGGUGGGAGUGGAUGUCAAUAGGGCCAUUGCUCAUCCAUACACUCAGUCGCUCAUUCAAUACGUCUGCGGACUUGGACCCCGUAAAGGCACUCACCUGCUGAAGAUCCUUAAGCAGAAUAAUACGCGGUUGGAAAAUCGCACUCAGCUGGUUACUAUGUGUCACAUGGGUCCCAAAGUUUUUAUCAACUGUGCUGGCUUCAUUAAGAUUGACACAAAUUCUCUUGGUGACAGUACGGAUUCCUACAUUGAAGUCCUAGACGGCUCACGAGUGCAUCCAGAAACUUAUGAAUGGGCUCGAAAGAUGGCAGUAGAUGCCCUAGAGUAUGAUGAGUCGGCUGAAGAUGCCAACCCUGCUGGAGCGCUAGAAGAGAUUCUAGAAAAUCCUGAAAGAUUAAAAGAUCUCGAUCUGGAUGCAUUUGCAGAGGAACUUGAGAGACAGGGCUAUGGAGAUAAACAUAUUACAUUGUACGAUAUUCGUGCAGAGCUAAGCUGCAGAUACAAAGACCUUAGGACUCUAUACCGAUCAGCCAACCCUGAAGAAGUAUUCAACAUGCUGACCAGGGAAACACCAGAGACUUUCUACAUAGGUAAACUUAUCACCUGUAAUGUGACUGGAAUUGCCCACAGACGACCCCAAGGAGAAAGUUAUGACCAAGCAAUCAGGAAUGACGAGACAGGUCUUUGGCAGUGUCCCUUCUGUCAGCAAGAUAACUUUCCAGAGCUCAGUGAGGUAUGGAAUCAUUUUGACAGUGGCUCCUGUCCUGGUCAAGCAGUUGGUGUUAAAACCAGGCUGGACAAUGGUGUAACUGGCUUUAUUCCAACCAAGUUUAUCAGUGAUAAAGUAGUGAAGCGGCCCGAAGAACGAGUAAAGGUGGGCAUGACUGUCCAUUGUCGAAUAAUGAAAAUUAAUAUUGAGAAGUUCAGCGUGGACAUGACUUGUCGUACAUCUGAUCUCAUGGACAAAAACAAUGAGUGGAAGUUACCCAAGGACACUUUUUAUGACUUUGACACUGAGGGUGCACAUCAAAAACAAGAGGAAGAGCUGAAGAAGAAGCAGCAGCGUACCACUUACAUCAAGCGAGUCAUUGCACAUCCAUCUUUCCACAAUAUAAACUUUAAGCAAGCAGAGAAGAUGAUGGAGACAAUGGAUCAGGGCGAUGUGAUCAUCCGACCAAGCAGUAAGGGAGAAAAUCAUCUAACCGUCACCUGGAAGGUCAGCGAGGGAAUCUACCAACAUGUGGAUGUACGAGAGGAGGGGAAAGAAAAUGCCUUCAGCUUGGGGUCCACGUUAUGGAUUAAUACUGAGGAAUUUGAGGACUUGGAUGAAAUCAUUGCUCGAUUUGUCCAACCAAUGGCUUCUUUUGCAAGAGAUCUAACUAACCACAAGUACUACCAAGACUGCAACUUUGGAGACAAGAAGAAACUAGAAGAGCUCUUAAUAAAAACAAAGAAGGAAAAACCUACAUUCAUUCCAUAUUAUAUAUCUGCCAGUAAAGAACUCCCUGGUAAAUUUUUACUGGGAUAUCAGCCACGAGCUAAACCAAGAGUGGAAUAUGUGACGGUAACACCUGAAGGCUUCAGAUAUCGGGGGCAAGUAUUCUCAACAGUCAAUGGACUUUUCAGGUGGUUUAAAGACCACUACCAGGAUCCUGUACCAGGUAUCACGCCAAGUAGCAGCAGCAGAACAAGGACUCCGGCCUCCAUGAGUGCCACCCCUGCCAAUAUAAAUCUUGCAGAUCUCACUCGUGCUGUCAAUGCCUUGCCACAAAACAUGACUUCGCAGAUGUUUAAUGCAAUUGCUGCAGUCACAGGACAACAUGGGCAAAACCCUAAUGCCACCCCUGCCCAAUGGGCAUCCAGCCAGUAUGGUUAUGGUGGAGGCAGUGGUGGCGGGAGCAGUGCAUAUCAUGUGUUCACAACUCCCGCUCAGCAACCUGUGGCUACUCCUCUGAUGACCCCAAGCUAUUCCUAUGCUACUCCUAGCCAGCCUAUUGCUACACCACAGUACCAUCAGCUGCCACCAAGUGCCACAUCUACCCCAGCACCUACUCCACAAUCCUCCCAUUCACAAAGCAGUUCAAGCUCCCGACACAGGCAACAGUCUAAACCAAGCAGUCAAACGCCUAUCGACUGGGGAAAAAUGGCAGAGAAGUGGCUGCAUGAAAAAGAGGCAGAAAGGCGGAAACAGAAGCAGCGCUUAACUCCUCGUCCUUCGCCAAGUCCCAUGAUUGAAAGUACGCCCAUGUCAAUUGCAGGGGAUGCCACACCACUACUAGAUGAAAUGGACCGGUGAAAACCUAUGCGUAAAAAGAUAAACUGUUUAUGGGCAGAUGGAACGCUCCGGAUUUUAACAAGCGUAUGCAUGCUCUAAACCGAGCAUAUUCAUGAUCUGUGGGCCAAUAUAUGCAUAGCUGUACGUGAAAAGAUUGGACCCUCCUCCCAUGUGAAGCCUGUGGUUACUUGAUCGGUACUGGAGCAAUCAUGUCUCCUAGCACCAAGCCUCAAUAUCACAUUGUUUCAAGUAUUCUUUCACUUGUAAGGGGUAAUAUUUGCCCUGUUGGGGUAAAAAAAUAUAUCUGUAGGCUACCUGUUUUUAAGACCCAUGUUUUAAGCAUUUAUUAGGCUUCACUUUUAUUUAAAAUUGCAUAUUCUGCCAAAGAAUGCAAUCUAAGGAGAGAUCUGAAGCAAAGAUCUAAGUACUAACCUGUAUGCGCGGAAUGAUUAGAGAUGCUGGAGGUGGUCUGUCGAGAAACUUGGAAAUCAGGCCUGAUGGGAGAUGUCGGUAAACAAAGGCUCCUCUGCCAAUGGGGUGCUUUUCUGUAGCAACAAGGACAGGCUUCAUACAGUAACAAACUUAUUCUUUGUUUGGAGACAUUUGGGUAAAUGUAUUUAUUAUUUUUCCUCUUUGCUCUGAUUCCCCCACCCACUGCAGUGAACAGCUAACUGUAAGUUUGCGGCUGUGUGCUUCACACUCUUUGCAUACAUUUGCUGAAUCCUUGCGUUUUCUUUUUUUAUCUUUGACAUUGCAGUGUGGAGGUGUCUUGGAAUUCUGCAUAGAUGUUGUUUUUUUUCUUUUUUUUAUUUUUUUUUUUUGUUGUUCUUGCAGCAGGCAAAUAAAUGAAUAGUCUGAACGACAAAAAAAGUCACUCUUGUCUUUUGCUUUAUAGACUUUGAGCUGUUAUUAUAUAAGUGCAGAAUUAAAUUGUUUCCUACGGUUUAUGUGCUUCAGAAACCUAAAUGGAUUUUACAGGAUUAUGGCCCUUUUUAACUAGCCCCCAGAGCUUGUGAUGCCUAAUAAUGAAAAUAAAAAAUAAAAUAAAAUCAUACUCA